AUGUUACAACGACAAGCUGAUAAUCCAGAAAUUCGAGAGAAACUUACAUCUUUCAUCAAAAGUCCUAUUCUAACAUCAAAUAAUUCUAAUAUUAGUUGUUAUGAUUCGAAUGAAAAUGAACGUCAAUGUAGUACAUUAACACAGCGACGUUCAUGUGUUAUAUCACAUAACAUAUUUCAGAAUAAAAUAGAUCGUUCAUGUGAUGACAGAACACUAGGCGGCGUAGUAUCCAUCAAUAUAUUUCAAACGCCUAGUUCAGCCGCCUUUAUUAUUUACUGUAAUCAAGUAUUAUGUAAUACAAACUCAACAUUACAAAAAGUUAAAGAUAUUAUGUUCGAAUACAAUGUUACAGCAACGUCAGAUGGACGAUUAAUUGAUGUAGAAUAUGUUGGUAAUUAUGAGUUCAAAUUGAUGAUAUCUAUUCCACUCAUGAUAAUGAUGAUUUUUAGUCUUCUGUUAAAUUGA